UGAUAUAUAAAUGCCUAGCGCCUAUAGAUGUGUAGAUCGUAGUAAAAUAUUGAGUAUAAUAGUAGAGAUGGAUUCAACCCAAGAGCAGCUCCUCCGUUACAUUGAGAAGCACCAGAUUGGCUAUGAAAGCACCUUCCAGGGACCAUUUGGAAACAGAAGAGUUCUCUAUGCAGACUUCACAGCUUCAGGAAAGCCUCUGAGGUUCAUAGAGGAGUACCUGCAGCAUGAGGUGAUGCUGACCUAUGGCAACACUCACACCACCACCUCCCUCACCUCACGACAGACCACCUAUUACAGAGAGGAGGCUAGGUCGAUCAUUCGAGUGUCCCUUAAUUGCACUGAGGAGGACUCUCUGAUAUUUGUUGGCAGUGGGUGUACUGGAGCCGUGGCUAAACUGGUCAGCUGUCUCUGUCUGGACAAAUUGGAGCAACCUGCAGUUGUUUUUGUGAGCCCCUUUGAGCACCACUCCAACUUGCUGCCAUGGCAGGAGACCAAGGGGACAGAGGUUGUGCGUCUGUCCCUGAAUGAAUAUGGUGAGAUGGACAGUGAUGACUUGGAAAGAAAACUAAAGUACUACAGUGGUAGUGGUCGUCUGCUGAUAGGAGCUCUAAACGCUGGCUCCAACAUCACCGGAGUCCUCACUGACACUGACACAUUCUCCUCCCUCCUCCACCGCUACGGGGCACUGGCCUUCUGGGACUACGCUGCAGCUGCUCCUUAUGUCAACAUUGACAUGAACUCCACCAGCAGAGAGGGUGCUUACAAAGAUGGUGUCUACUUCUCGGUACACAAGUUUGUGGGAGGAGCAGGAACUCCAGGUGUUCUGUGUGCAAAGAACCAUGUGUUUCGGAACAGCGUACCUCAUAUUCCAGGGGGUGGAACAGUACUCUAUGUGAUUCGUAGCCAGCAUAGCUACAGUGACAACCCUGAGAUACGAGAGGAAGGGGGCACUCCUGAGAUUCUGGGUUCAAUACGGGCGGGGCUAGCGGUCCAACUCAAGGAGAGUGUGGGGAGUGAGGUCAUCAUGUCUCGAGAGGAACGUCUUACACGACUGGCCUUCAGAGAGUGGGCGGAUGUGAGGGAGCUGGUGGUUGUAGGACCAGACAAGUCCGUCUCCAGGCUACCUAUAUUCUCAUUCCUCGUCCGACACCCUCAGAGUGGACUCUUCCUCCAUCACAACUUUGUCUGUGCUCUACUCAACGAUCUGUUUGGUAUCCAGGCACGGGGCGGGUGCGCCUGUGCAGGACCUUAUGGUCAGGCUCUGCUGGAUAUUGGUGACGAGGAAGCACUCAAAUAUGUCAUGGAGAGUGGGGACUGUAGCAGCUGCUCUGUCUCAAAGGCCAGUGAGAGAGAGCUGGUGAAGCCUGGCUUUUCCAGACUCAACUUUCCAUUCUUUAUGAGUCAUGAUUCAGUGGAUUACAUUAUAAAGGCUGUUGUCAUGGUUGCACGAGAAGGUUGGAAACUCCUACCACUGUACACACUCAACCCUGAGACCGGUCAGUUUUUACACAAAGACUCACAAAACUCCAACAGAAAGUUGCUCAAUGACAUCUCCUAUGACAGUGGAAAAAUAGCCUACCCCAAGACUACCCAGCUACCAACUCCUGGUUUCAAUGAAGCGUUGAGGGAAGCUCGCAUCUUGUUUGAUCAAAGGGUGCUCCAUACGGAUAGUUUUGAUCACAUCCCAGCCUUGUCCAAGGAGGCAGAGGAGAUCCGCUGGUUUCUCAUGCCUCAGGAGGCACAACAGUAUCUGUUGGGACGAGACACGCCCCUCACCACCCGCUCAUUCUCCCCCAAGGUCUACGUCACCAAGCCAGGCACUGACCAUCUCAAUGAACUGGAUGACCAGGUUCAUGAUUUGCCAGAUAUCACGAGUGUGCUGGAGAGAAGGUCCACCUUCAGAAGUUUGGUGCGUAGAGAGUCGGUGAAGGAACAUCCUCUCGAGAAGAAGUCCAAGAAACGCAGGAAGAAAUGGUUUUUCCCGUUACGCAAGACUCGACAACGAAUCAGCAGCGAGAGAGUUGAAGAGAGGAGGAGUUGCAGUGGAGACCAAAAUGCUCGAAUGAAGAGUUGGAUUUCUGCAGAGGUGCUAACUGACUCCGCCCCCCAGCGUGAAAAGAGGGGAGGGACCAUCAGGAGAGCUCUGCAGCGCGUGUUUCACAAACAUUGA